GCACCAACCCAAGAGCAGCAGCGGAGAGGAGAGAGAGGGGCCGGGCUGUGCGCUACUGCAUCCUGCCAUACCACCGCGGCACAUGGGACCAUACACAAGGCACCACGCUAGAAGAGGAUAACGAAGCCAUGUUUACGUGAGGUGUCGCCUAUAUGAAGAGGUGUAGCUUCAACAUAUAGCGUCCAAAUAAAGCAGGACUAGAGAGAUGAGGUGUUUGAGGAGCACAGACGCUGCUACUCAUCACUGCGGGCUGCGUCAAACUCCUGGCGCUUUUAGAUGAUGUCGCCUCUUUUUGGACCGUAAGGGAUUUUUGUAAUUUUGCGAAAUUUUAAUGCUACAAUGUGACAGUGACACAGCAUGGGACAGAGAUGGUAACCUCGCCUCAUUUUUCAGCAUUGUAAGCAGGAGCAGUGAUAUGAGAAUUGCGCUGCAUAGAUAAGUUUGAGUUGGGUUAUUUUUGGGAUGUUUUCUUCCGACAUGAAUGCGCUUUUCUAUCCGGACACUGGUGCACCUGCUCCGGUAUGCACUCUGCCCGGUGGCUCACACUCGCAGGCAGUGACCAGCGCCUUGAGGAACGACUUGGGCUCCAAUAUUCACGUUCUGAAAACUCUAAACUUGCGAUUUCGCUGCUUUCUUGCCAAAGUUCAUGAACUGGAAAGACGAAAUAAACUUUUGGAGACACAGCUACAGCAGGCUCAGCACAGGCAGCAGUACCGGGCACUUUACGCGCGGGAUGUGGCGGUGCAAACGGAUGGGCCAGAGUCCCGGAUGCCCGGUACCAUAUGGAGUUUUACCCACGUCCGGAGGCAAGGGGAGCGGUUCGAGACGGUGCACGGGCCCGGGGUAACGUGGACACAUCCGGAUGGAGUAGGGGUCCAGAUAGACACCAUUACGCCUGAAGUGAGGGCUCUGUACAACGUCCUGGCCAAAGUCAAGAGGGAGAGGGAUGAGUACAAGAGAAGGUGGGAGGAAGAGGCCAUGCGCAGACAGCAGCUGGAGUCCACGGUGGAGACACUGCAGCAGAGCGCUCAGGAGUCACAGGAGGUGCAGGGAGAGCUGAAUGAAAAGGUGGAGAGACUCAAAGCUGAAAUUGUGGUGUUCAAAAGUUUGAUGAGUGAUCAAAUGUCUGACCUGGAUACAAAGAUUCAGGAGAAGGCGAGGCACGUAGACAUGGACAUCUGCCGGAGGAUCGACAUCACGGCCAAACUAUGUGAUGUCGCCCAGCAGCGAAACUCAGAGGACAUGUCCAAAAUGUUCAACGUCAGCCCGGCCCGAUCACUGCCCGAGAGGGGGGCCAUGGCUUCGGCCUGCUGCAGAAAGAAAGAGCGAAAGGCUGUGUCCGAUGAGGAGAGCUCAGAGAUGGACGCAGAACCGAGCCCGACGGAUGAGGAGAUGCCCGGGUCUCUCAACAUCACGGAUGAAAUGAAACGAAUGCUCAAUCAGUUGAGGGAGACGUUUGACAUUGACGAUGAUUGCGACAGCCUGACCUGGGAGGAGAACGAGGAAACACUGCUGCUCUGGGAGGAUUUCACCAAUUACAAUGUACCCUCCGCCAUCACCAUGACAACGUGCCCCGCCCCCAGUGAACCCAAUGGAGAUGCCCCUGACCCCGACUCUCAGGAUGGCAGCCUGGGAAGCCUCAUCGAUGAAACUGAGUCUCUGUUUAAGACGCGAGAGCAAGAGUACCAGCAGACCAUCGGACAGAUAGAGAUGGAGCUGGCGACAGCGAAGAGUGACAUGAACCGUCACCUGCACGAGUACAUGGAGAUGUGCUCCAUGAAGCGCGGCCUGGACGUUCAGAUGGAGACCUGCCGCCGAAUGAUCAAAGGGGGGCGCAGCUCACCCUCCUUCAGCUCCGUGGCCAGCUCUGACUCAGGAAACACAGACGACAUACAGGACGAAAUCUCAGACAAGGACCCUGAGCCUGGAGCUGUGAGCUGAGGGGAGGCAGAGGGGGAGAGAGGGGGUCUGGUCUGCCUGUACACCUGGGGUAGACCUGUGUGGACUUUGGGACCGUAUCUUUGGUCUUAAAAGUCCAAUCGGGUGCAUAGACAGAGAUCUGGUGCUUUUCCUGUUGUUAAAAGGGUUGUGGGUCCUCUUCUGUCAAGUGCAUACACUGUAAACUCCAAGCUGUGCUCUUUUAUUCAAGGAUCUGCUAACCAGGACAGAUUUCAUUUUUUAAAACUGCAUUUCGCUUAUUUAAAAGUGCACUUGGUUUGCCACACUCCAUAGAGAUGUUUUGCUGGAAAUACUCUACGAUAUGGCAUUAAAAUAUAUCAAUCAUAAUGCAUUCUUACUGUAAGGGGACUCAUCUCUCCACAGAUUUCACUUGUAACUUCACUUGGUUUCAUCACCUGCUUGCCUCCAUGGAGAUAAGCAUAAAGUUUAAUGCUAUACUGUGGAAAAUUCUAGACAAAACAUGAUCAUUCAUACAGUUAAGCAGGUGGCAGACCAUGGUAAAGUAUGGGUGAAACUACCUAUUCAACUACUUUCCAUCUGCUUUGCAAUAAUUCCCAUUAUUUCAUGACUUUAUCACAGGACACACUCACAUCCAAUGCAAUUACAGGGUUUCUAUGAACCAGGUAAAACUAAGCAGGUAAGCUUUAUACUACAGCAGCCAUAUUAAAAUAUUUGCCAUCAGGUCAAUCAAACUUGCUGUCUUUUGUCUCUGUGUAUUACUGUCAAAUACAACGCUGCAAACACUGACAGAAGAAUAGCCAAUGACAUCUCAGUUCAUUUUGAUAUGACAUCCUUUACACAGCAUUAAGAGACUGCAUAACUAAACCAUAAGAUAGAUAUAGGGUUGCCAGAUCAGAGAAUAAGAGCACAGCUGUUUGAUGCACUAUUAAAGUUCUAUGCAAGUUUUUGCCAGCCUUAUUUUUGGACUGGCCUGUUCCCUCCUCAUUUCUUUUAAGUAGCCUUUAAAGCAGGUUUUUAUAUGUUUUUGUGCAUUUAGAAUCCUUAGUACGGAUCAUGCAUGUCAUUAUUGCCUUAUUGCAGAAACCACAAACUGUGUUUCUAAAACAAGAACAGCAUUGGGUAUCAUUUUUUCAGUUUCUCUCUUUUUUUAAAAGAUGCACAAUGUAACUUUUCCAGUAGAAGGUCUGUCACCUACUUGUCUCCAUGGAGAUGUUUGGAGAUGUUGUUGCUUUGUCUAGAAUCUCCCACAGUAUGGCAUUAAACAUAUCCAUCUAGGUCUGAUGUUGAAAAACAUACAAUCGUAUUAUGAGCUGUCUCAUCUCUCCAGAGAUCUCACCAGUAUCUUGGCCUGAUAGAUCCAGUGAUGGAUGAUAAUUGGAGAUUUAAUGCCAUACUAGGGAACAUUCCAGGCAAAUCAAUAAUAUCUCCAUGGAGACAAGCAGUUGGCAGACCCUCCCACAGAAAAACUACAUAGUGCACAUUCAAUAUGAACCAAUCAGAAAUGUUUAUCACAAAAGCCAAACCAUGUUAAAAAUAUUUUAAAUCCAACCACAGGAUACUACAAUUUCAACAGUACAUAUACAAAUACAACAGUACGUGUCUGAAUGUAUAUAGGACAUGAGCUGUAGACACCAGGGGCCUCUUUUCCCAAUUGGCUUGAAUGAUUGAAGACUGAAGCAUGGAUAUAGCACUUACAGUUGUUUCAAUGAAAAUGUAAAGUUGGUGGUAAUUAGAAGGUCAAAGUUCAAGUGCUUUUUUCUGAUACAUUGAAAUGUAAAAUUGCAGACUGUAAAUGACAGGCCUUACUGUAGCAUGUGUGGAUAUAUGGGGCUUUUUCUAAUCUUUCUAAACCUGCUUUUGUAACAGCUGCUAAACAAAAGUUAUAUUUUUUAUCAUGUCUUCUGUAAUCAUGUGUUUUAGGCAAAAAGAAAAAAAAAUAUAAUUUUAUUUUGUGUAUUAUGUCUUAACAUCGGGCAGUUUUAUAUGCUAGCAGCCCAAGCAUUAAACUAUAUGACAGUUUGAGUAUAUUUGAUUAACUAUGUGCUAGCAGUGAGCGAAAGUGACCUGAGAAAAUGUAUUUACUCAGUAAGUAGCAUUCAUAUCUUUGUUGAUGUUAAACCAGCCUAAUCAGAGACGAAGAGCCAUGUUAUUGCUACUCAACUUUAUAGUUUUAAAGUUGCAUGUAACUUUUCUGGUUGAGGAUCUUGUUUCCAUAGAGAUGUUAUUGUUUUGCCUGGAAUAUUCCACCCUAUGGCAUUCAAGGUAUCCAUCUUGUUUAAAACUGCGAAAAUGUACUUUGUAAAUUAUGGAUUCUGUCUUUGAUUGGAUCCUUCAGGUGUCUGACAUUUGCCCUGGUAGUGUCAUCUGCUUGUCUCCAUGGAGUUUAAUGCCAUACUUCAGAAAAUUCCAGGCGGAGCAAUAACAUCUCCAUGGAGACAGGCUACAGUGUGUUUUUAGGUUUUAGUUUGAUUACAUCUGAACCUAGAUCUUCAGAGUUCCAUCUCAUCUCAAGCCAAUUGAAGCCAAAGUGCGUAUUUGACAAAGGUGAAUGGCCUGUGAUAGUAUUAAUGCUAUCAGUAUAUAAAAUGCCUAUGACACUAUUCAGUCAUAACAUGAUGACCAGUGCGACAAGCUAGACCACACAGGCAAGCUUAAUUUCCCUCCCAUAUGUAGAUCAGAAUGGGUCAAAUGAAGAUGACUGAUUUGAUAGGGAGAAUAAAAAAGGACAACUGUACCUUUCCUUAAUUUUUAAUACCCAUGGAACACAACAAACCCUUUAAAAACUGCAGCUUUGGUAAUGUGUUGCAUGGGAUUCAGGUAAAGAAUUCGCUGUGACAAUGGUCCUCCAUCCAUUACUAUAGCAAUAAAGCAGUUCUAAUCCAAAAAUGAUAUCUUUUGAAUGGGUAAAGGUCCUAACAAAGUCUUUAAAAUCAAGAAGGAACAAUUUGCCUGAAACUCAUGAAUAGCCGAGUUGUCUAUUCAUCACAUUUUAGCACGGUAGCAAGGUAAUUUGAUUUGUAGUGCAUAUUUCAUUCACAAAACAUUUCAGGAGAGGUGUGCUAAAAAAAUAAAUAAACUUAGAAUGCAAAUAAUUAGCCUUUCUAAUUUCCCCAUCUUGUAACCCAUCAAAUAAUAAUUUAUUUUCCAUUCAUUUAAGCUGGUCAUAAUGUUAUGCCUGCUCAGUGUCUAUCAUAUACCGAUUGUAUGACUGUGGAUUUGAUAUAUCUGUGUAUUGUAAACUAGAGGGCAAAAAAGUCUUGCUAUACUUUGAUGACUGUUGCUCGCGGUGGGGAUCUUUUUAAUUAAACUGUAAAAUUUUGAAUGAAACUUUUGCUUGUAACCUAAAAAGGAUCAGUGGACUUAAAUGAUGUAAAACAAGUUCAAUUUGUGGAAUGUCCAUAUUUCUUACUAAAUGGUUUUAUACAAAUGUUUUUAUGAGUGUAGCUUUGGGAUUUUUAUUAUAUUUGUUUGCAAUCAUCAGUGCUUCUUCUAAUAUUCACUGCUUUAUUGUUUGUUUUAAAAAUUAAUUUUUAAGGAUUAUAAUAAGUUUAAGAGAGUAUUUUGUUUAAUCUCUUGAUAUAAUGUAUUCAUGUGGGUCUGGGAUUAUGGCUGUUCUGAAUUGUUACUGGGGUAAAACAAAUAAAAGGUAGAUUGGUUAAAAA